UUUAAAUACUGAGCAAUGGUAGAUUCAGCAUCAUCCAAGGGGAGUUUGUAUGAGUUCCAGAAACUGCCCUACCAUCCUGCAACUCCCAGAAGAAGGAGAACGGUUUUGGAAACGAUAUGGAACAAUUUGAAGACAUUGCUCUAUUUAAUCCAGUUUUUACUUAAGAGCAUCCCGAUAUGGAUCGAGAUCAUAUGGCAGUGGUUGAAUCCGCCGUCUCCGAAAAGCGUUGCUGGAUGGACGGCCCUGGUAACGGGAGGAUCGAACGGGAUCGGUAAAGCAGUGAGCUUGGAAUUGGCCAAAUCUGGAUGUAACGUGAUCAUUGCCGACAUCGACGAGGAAAACGGUAAAAAGGUUGUAAAAGAACUGCGGAAGCUUCGCGUCAAGGCCGGCUUCUUCAAAGCAGAUGUUUCGGAUUACGAAACAAUCGUGGAACUGCAACGAAAAAUUGAGCGAGACUUCGGACAUGUAGACAUUCUGGUAAACAACGCUGGAAUUAUUCCUUUCCUAGUUGACGAUGAGUACACCCCAGAGAACAUUCGGAGAAUCGUUGAGAAUAAUGUGCUGAGCCAAUUCUGGACCAUUAAAGUGUUUUUACCGGGAAUGUAUAGUCGAGAACGGGGACACAUCGUAGGGCUGUCAUCUGAAUUGGGUUACAUUCCAAGAGGUUAUACAAGAAAUUACCUAACGACGAAAUACGCCAUACGUGGUUUCAUGGAAGAUUUACAUGACGAAAUCUACCAUGCGGGGUACGAGGGCAAAGUCAUCACCACAACCGUAUUCCCAGCCAUCAUUAACACACGAAAGGAGAGCACUGAACGUAUUCUUACCAUUCCAGGCGUGGAAAACUUCCCAGUUUAUAGCUCCGAGCUAGCAGGGCAGACCAUUGUUCAGGGAAUCAGAAACAAUGAACGGAAAUUGGUUGUACCAAACAAUGUCAAAACAUGGCAACUGGCUAUUUACGAGGAUCUACCGAGAAGAAUCACCCGACUCUUUCUCUUGCAGUUGUUCAAGGGUUGAUGCAUCUCAAAGACUACGAUUUUGAAGAAAACAUUCCAUUUUAUUACCACGGUAAACUGGAAAUGUGAAUAACAAAAUAAUACAUACUUUUGAGUAAAAUUAUUAUGCUGAAGGAUUUGUAUCAAAACGAU